GCGGUUGAUUUUUUGUCCAUCUCGUUCGCCGUAGAUCGGAAACGUCACGGGUCAAAGUUGAACGAUUGGAAAACAGGAACAGCAUGGAGGCUAACGACCGGAGAAGGAGCGGAGGCUCCAACAAAACCUCCAAAAAGGGUGGGAGACGUAUCAAACAACUCACUGCUGAAGAAGAAGAAAGACGGAGGGAGGAGGUGAAGGAGAAGCUGAGGCAGAAGCUGGAACUGGAAAGAAGAGCUCUGCAGGUGGUGGAGCGUCUCCUGGACGACAGCGUGGAAGAGGACUUCCUGGUUGACUGUGCCAAGUUCAUCACUCCAACUAACUACAAAGACACCGUAGAGGAGAGAUUCAUCGCUAAGCUGUGUGGAUAUCCCGUAUGUCCGAAUAAACUGGACAAGAUCCCAACUCAGCAGUUCAAGAUUUCUACUAAGACCAACAGGGUGUACGACAUCACAGAGCGCAAGCGUUUUUGCAGUAACUUCUGCUACAAAGCCUCCAAAGAGUUUGAGCUACAAAUCUCAAAGAUGCCUCUGUGGCUCAGACCGUAUGAGACUCCUCCAGAAAUAAUGCUGCUGAAGAAAGGAGAUGGUGGGAGAUCUGGUGAGGAGGUGAUGCUGUCAGAGAAGUGCCUCAAUAAGGAGGACAUUGAGAACCCAUCUGAGGAGCUUCACAGCUCUCUGCAAACCCCUGCAGGAGUUGUCCACAGCGACAGCAGCGAUGAUGAAGAAGAGCAGGACUUUGUCUCCAGUGUUGUCUCCCAGCAGCAGAAACCUCGGGUGCACUGGGGCGACCUGCCGAAACACAAAGAUAAUAAGGAAGAGGGACAAUGGGAGGCUGAGAGGACAAAGAAGCAGACCAGAGGCAGAUGUAAAGAGGCGACUGAAUGUCAAAGUCAAAACAGAGGAAAUGUAGAAAGUAAAGAGAUGCAUGCAGAAGAAUCCAGAGAGCUGCACAAAGUAAACACUGAUCAAGAAGUUCAGGAAGAGCAGGACUUACCUGAAGUCUCAGGUGUGGAUGAAGCCUUUUCUAAGUUAAAUCUAUGCAGUAUAACAGAGACAGAGACAAUCCUGCCAGAAACAAAACAGUCAGAAAACAAACCUUCUUCAACUCUGACUCCUGCUUAUCAGGACAACCAGACCACAGCUUCAUCCAGCCCACCGGGCCUCAACAUCACCCAGGUGGGUAUGAGCAAGAGAGGAGCAGCAGGGCUGCGACACCUCCUGAAGAACCAGGAGGCCAAACCCGACUCGGUGCGUCUGAGUCUCAUUGAGUGUCUGAGGAGAACGUUGAAGGAAUGGUCCACAGAGGAGACGCUGAGGUUCCUGUACGGCGCCGAUCACUCGCUGGGUUCGCCGUUCGCUGAUGUGAAAGAAGAAAAGGAGGAGUUGGAUGAAGAUGACAUUGAGGAUGUUGUGAUGGCGGCUGAUGCUGGAGUGCAAAAGAGGCCAUCUGCAACAACGCCGGACUACGAGACGCUGCAGAAGGACACACAGCAGCUGGAGGUCCGGGUCAGGGAUUUUUACAAGGGGACCUGGAUUCUUCCUGAAGAGGUCCAGGAGCUAAAUGGAAACGAGGAGCAGGUAACAGUCCAGGACCAGAGCAUCAAGGAUCCAGUUCUGCCACUUAUCGACUCUCAGGCUCAGCAUCUCAUCCAGAAACGGAUCACAGUGGAGAAGCUCAGCAGCUGCCUCAAGAACAUCAUAGGUCAGCUGCAUCUCAGCAUGAGUGACGUCUCCACAGACCUGAACAACCUGGUCAGGACUUUCAGGUUCACCAACACAAACAUCCUCCACAAAACUCCAGAGUGGACCCUGAUAGCCGUGGUGCUUCUACAUCUAUUGUCAGAGGUGUCUCCUUUGGUGCGGGCAGCCUUGGAAACGUCAGCGUCUGUGGAGUAUCUGAACACACUGAUGGAGGAGCUCGGCCUACAGGAGCAGGACCUGCUGAACUUAGUCCAGCUCUUUAAGUCCACAACACACUGUCAACCAUAAAUCAUAAAUUUACUGUGCAACAUUUUCUGUAGUUUCCACAACAAUAAAUAAAAUGCUUGUUCUGAUCUGA